AUGGAAGAUUUGUCCAUAAAUGUGAGAAGAGAGGUGGUCCGUUACAGGCGGAGCAGAGGCGGCUACCAGCGGCUUGGCGGCAUGGGCCGAGAGGACCCAGCUGCCUCCACAGAGUGGAGGCUGCGGCGGUUUCGCUUCCGCCUCAGGCUUAAGCCGAGGCUGAAGCUGCUGCUCCGGCUAUCAUCUGCCAAGAAGCUGUUUGCUUGGAUGCGGGAUGCAUAUGUGAGGAUGAUGCUGGGAUUUGCCGAGUCACAGCUGCUCGGGUCGGGGUACGGAGGAGAUGCCGCUAUUGACAAGUUCGGAAGGGUCCCACGGAAGGAGUACGAUCAAAAGGUAAUUAUUGAGGUGUACCGCUCGCUGGUGAUGGCGCAAGGGCAGCUGGUGCCCCGCCAAGCUGCGAAUCUCGGUGCCGCGGUGGUCGACCGACCGUAG